UUACACCAGCCGUCGGAUAUAAAAUUGUACCAGAUUAACCACCAGAGAAGCAAUUGACGCCAUUAAGAAUUCUCCGCAAUUUUAUCUUCUCAGAAAUUAAAGCGUGUACGUUACAGUAAUCGAUCUUACACAGGAAUGAAAAGAUCAAGAUAGAGCACUGCCAACAACCUGAAAUCAAUAAACAAAAAACUUGGAAAUAGAGAGUAAUUCUGAUGAGAAGUGUGCAAUUGAGGAACAAAAUUGGUAUUUUGUACCCUGGAAGACACUAACCCUUAUAAACAGUUGGGUAAUUUUUCCUCAGAAGAAACAAGAAACAUGCGUAUUUUGCCACGCUAUAUAGUCCUGCUAGGAUGAGUUGCUGAAAAACCGCUUUGGCCAGAGGCAACAGAAUCCAUUGCUUGCUGCAGAAGAUUGGAAGCAUAGGCUUUUUUAUUUGAGCAAAAGGAGAAAUAAACAAUUGGAAGGUGCGAAAGGCUUGCUAGGAUGACUUUAGGGGCUCCUGCGGUGGCAAAAGAGGAGAAUAAUAGAGUGCCACUGCUGCCAGAGAAGGAACAGGAUACACGAGCAUAUGGACACAAUGAUGCAAACUUAUUGGGAGCUGUGCUUAACGUAUCAACAACAAUUGUUGGAGCAGGAAUCAUGGCCUUACCUGCCACAAUGAAGAUUCUGGGACUGGUCCUGGGUAUAUCACUUCUAGUGGUUGUUGGGUUUUUGGCAUAUUUUUCUAUUGAGUUUCUGCUCAGAUUUAGUAGGGCCAGCAAUGCAAACUCUUAUGCAGGAGUCAUGGCUGAUGCUUUUGGAUGGCCUGGCAGAAUUGUACUACAAAUUUGCAUUAUAGUUAAAACCUUUGGUAUACUUAUAAUCUACAUGAUUAUUAUUGGUGAGUUUGUCUCUUUGAUUAUGUGUUUGUCCUUCUCCAAAUCUGUAAAUGUUCAAAUUUUAUUGAAAGUGUUUUUCCUGAGGGUAGGUGAUGUCGUUUCUGGCACAUCAUCAAAUGGUGUUCAUCAUACUGGUCUCUUGGAAGAAUGGUUUGGAAUCUGUUGGUGGACUGGCCGAACUGCUGCCAUGUUUCUGACAACAGUCCUUAUCCUAGUUCCAUUGGUAUCAUUCAGGCAUGUAGAUAACUUGAAAUUUACUUCAGCAUUAUCAGUGUCAUUGGCUGUUGUUUUUGUGGUGAUUACUGCUGGUAUUACAAUUGCCAAAAUGUUUCGUGGUGAAAUCUACAUGCCAAGGCUUCUUCCUGAUGUCAUUGAUCAGGCUGCAUUUUGGAAGCUUUUUACAGUUGUUCCAGUCAUGGUCACUGCCUAUAUCUGCCAUUAUAAUGUUCAUCCAAUACACAAUGAACUAGCAAAACCUUCAGACAUGAAAACAGUUGUUCAGGCAUCACUUGUUUUAUGUUCAACUAUAUAUAUAAUGACAAGCUUUUUUGGUUAUCUUCUAUUUGGGGAAGAGACUAUGAGCGAUGUUCUAGCCAAUUUUGACAAAGAUUUGGGAGUCCCUUACAGCGCUCUUCUGAAUGACAUUGUUCGCAUAAGCUAUGCCGUCCAUUUGAUGCUGGUCUUUCCUGUGGUUCACUUUGCUUUACGUCUCAACGUUGAUGGGCUUGUCUUUCCGUCAGCAUCUCCCCUUGUAUUGGAUUCAAGGAGAUUCACAGGCAUCACAGCAGGACUAAUAAGCAUUGUCUUUCUAGGGGCAACAUUUAUACCUAGUAUCUGGGAUGCAUUUCAGGUAACAGGGGCAACGGUAGCAGUAUGCAUUGGCUUUAUCUUCCCUGGUGUUAUUGUUCUCAGAGACACUCAUGGCAUCUCAACGAAGAAAGACAGGGGCCUUGCAUUGAUUAUGGUUACAGUGGCUGCUAUUUGUAGUUUUGUUGCCAUAUCCAGUGAUAUAUAUGAUUUUUCAAAAAGCUGAUGAUAUACCAAGCUCACAACAAUCUUGAGAGUUGAAUAUGAGCAAUCAAGGAAUAACAAGAAUUAAGCAUGCGCAACCAGACAUCACUUGCCAUGAUUCUGAAAGGCUUUGAAGUCAAAAGGGGCUGCUCUAUGUGUCCUUAGCAAUGGUCGGUUUCAACUUUUGGACCAAGAGAAUGCUUAAAACAUAUUGUGGGGACUGGAAUUGACAGUUAUAACUUGUCUUGAAAUGUUACCCCAGUCUUGUAUAUUUUCACCGUCUGUGUUCAUCAGGCAUGUAUAAAAUUGAUUUGUUAAAAAUAAAUACUUGCACAUUUAAUUGUACAGCAGAUCCCGUAGAUGCGGAAAGCUAAGUUGCAGGGUUCGCUGGGUUCAGGGCCUGGUACUAGUCCGGUUCGUUUUGGUUUCGGGUUCUGAUCCGGUUCGCCUUUGGGUUCGGCCAGUGUUCGUCCAGGGCAAACCCAGGGUGAACCUGGGUGCCCAAAUUUACAUUAUUUUUGGGCAAAAUUUUAUAAAAUUUAUAGCAAUGAGUUCAGACUUGCAGAUU